UACAGAAUGCACACAGGAAAGAAAUCAUAUCACUGUCCUGAUUGUGGUAAAAGUUUCAUUACAAAUUCCCAGCUGGUGAUACACCAGAGGACUCACACAGGAGAGAAACUCUUUGAAUGUCCUGAUUGUGGGAAAGGUUUUGGUCAGAAUUCCAACCUGGUGGAACACCAGAGGACUCACACAGGAGCAAAACCCUUCAAAUGUCCUGAUUGUGGGAAAGAUUUUAGUCUGAGUUCCAGCCUUGUGAGACACCAGAGGACUCACACAGAGGAGAAACACUUUGAAUGCGCUGAUUGUGGGAAACAUUUCAGUCAGAAUUAUGAGCUGAUGAACCACCAGAGGACUCACACAGGAGAGAAACCAUUUGAAUGUCCUGAUUGUGGGAUAGGUUUCAGUCAUAAUUCCAGCUUGGUGAAUCAUCAGAGCAUUCACACAGGAGAGAAACCCUUUGAAUGUUCUGAUUGUGGGAAAUGUUUCACUCGGAAUUCAAGCCUGGCAACACACAAAACAACUCACACAGGAGAGAAACCCUUUGAAUGUCCUGAUUGUGGGAAAUGUUUCAGUCAGAAUUCUAGGCUGGUGGAACACCAGAGGACUCAUACAGGAGAGAAACCCUAUGAAUGUCCUGAUUGUGGGAAACGUUUCAGUCAGAACUAUGAGCUGAUGAACCACCAGAGGACUCACACAAGAGAGAAACCCUUUGAAUGUCCUGAUUGUGGGAAACGUUUCAGUCAGAAUUAUCGGCUGGUGAAUCACCAGAGGAUUCACACAGGAGAGAAACCCUUUGAAUGUCCUGAUUGUGGGAAACAUUUCAGUCAGAAUUCCAGCAUGGUGAACCACCAGAGGACACACUCUGGGGAGAAACCCUUUGAAUGUCCUGUUUGUGGGAAAAGUUUCAGUCAUAAUUCAAAUCUCGUGAUUCACCAGAGGACUCACACAGGAGAGAAACCCUAUCAAUGUCCUGAUUGUGGGAAACGUUUCAGUCAGAAUUAUUGCCUGGUGAACCACCAGAGGAUUCACACAGGAGAGAAACCCUUUGAAUGUCCUGUUUGUGGGAAAAGUUUCAGCCAUAAUUCAAACUUGGUGAACCACCAGAGGACUCACACAGGAGAGAAACCCUUUGAAUGUCCUGAUUGUGGGAAAUGUUUCAGUCAGAAUUAUCGGCUGGUGAACCACCAGAGGACUCACACAGGAGAGAAACCCUUUGAAUGUCCUGAUUGUGGGAAAUGUUUCAGUCAGAAUUAUCAGCUAGUAAACCACCAGAGGAUUCACACAGGAGAGAAACCCUUUGAAUGUCCUGUUUGUGGGAAAAGUUUCAGCCAUAAUUCAAACUUGGUGAACCACCAGAGGACUCACACAGGAGAGAAACCCUUUGAAUGUCCUGAUUGUGGGAAAUGUUUCAGUCAGAAUUAUCAGCUAGUAAACCACCAGAGGAUUCACACAGGAGAGAAACCCUUUGAAUGUCCUGUUUGUGGGAAAAGUUUCAGCCAUAAUUCAAACUUGGUGAACCACCAGAGGACUCACACAGGAGAGAAACCCUUUGAAUGUCCUGAUUGUGGGAAAUGUUUCAGUCAGAAUUAUCAGCUAGUAAACCACCAGAGGAUUCACACAGGAGAGAAACCCUUUGAAUGUCCUGUUUGUGGGAAAAGUUUCAGCAACCGUUCCUAUUGGUUCCGACACCUGUGCCGGCCGGCGGGAGAAUUGCAGCCAUCAGAUUGCUUAACCAUCUGACAGCUAUGGUAUAAAUAGCUGUCAGAUGGAAGGAGAAUUGUUCUAAGCUGUUAUUGUGGUUGUCAAUAAACACGUUAAUGGUUCAAA